AUGGCUCAGCUUGAUCGAUCAUUACGACGUGGUGAAACUACUCCUAAAACACCUUCUAAGGCAACUAUGGAACAGUUGCUCCGAGAUGGUGAUGGGUCUUGGUGGUUACCAUCGUCAUCGUCUUCCUCAUCGUCGUCAUGCUCAUCACCUUCAUUUGCAAGGAACCAUGACCCAGAAGAAGAUCAUGUACACCAUCAAAAGAAAUCAGUUCUCUCUAAGGUGAAAGAGAAGGCCAGAAAACUUAGGCACUCUCUAAGUGCCAAGAAGAGGCAUAAUGAGGAUGGCAACACCACACCCUCAUGGGGUGUUAGCCUAGAAGACUAUGAAGAUGAAGAAGAAGAAGAUGCAGAAUAUCUUGGUGCUCCAAUGUAUGAGUCGGAGCUGGCUCCUGAGAGUUACAAGGAGACUGGAAGGCAGCAUCCAAGAGCAGUUCCUGUGAUUUCCGAGAAGUAUGCAUUGCCUGAAACUGGCUCCAUGAAAGACAACAACAACAACAACAACAACAAGGAGAACCCUCUUAGUCCUAGCAUCAAAUUAACCCCAACUAAAACCAAUGACAAGCUCUCCACUCCUCCAAAGACAGUACCUGAAACCGAGAGCCACAAGUCUGUACCGGCUCUUGAAAAUGUGACUGAGAAGUUGGCACCAGCCCACGCGUUAGUAGCCGAGGCAACUCAAUCAAUUGCCUCAAAGAUUCCAAGCCUCUCCAUUGCCACAGAAGCUUCACGGACUAAAAACAGUUAUUCGACCCCUUCAUCUCCACAAAUUACCACUUCAGUUCGAACAUCAAAAACAUUUUCAGCUCAAUCAUCUUCCCAACCUUCGUCAGCGCCUGCUGCCGUUGCUUCAAGACAAAUCUUCUCAGGCCCUGUGGCUCCAAAAUCCGAAAAGCAUGUAAGCAUUAGUGGGGGUGAUAAGCUAGUGUGGGAUAAGGGGGUGUCAGUAAAAGAGUAUUUGUUGCAUAAAUUUGAGCCAGGAGAAGAUGACAAAGCACUUUCACGAGCCAUAUCUGAGGCAAUUAGUCCGAAGAAACCUCCAGGUGAUAAUAUGAGCGUUGUGGACAAGGUGAGAGAGGCUGUGAGUUCUCUGCUUCGAAGUAGUAGUAUCGAAAGCUCUCCACCAUCUAAGCCUGCUGUAAUAAGCUAUUCAGCAAAACCUGCAGUAAUCCCUCCAACCAAAUCUGCAAGCCUAACUCGUUCAGCCACAAAAGCAUCAUUACACAUUCCCAUCUCUACCAAUGCCCGAGAAGUCCUGGAGGAGGAAAAUCAUGGAAGAAUACUCCAAACAAACUGAAGUGGGGGAUGCAAUAUUGUGUACUCUUAAUAAUAAAAGAUUUAAUAAUCUUCUUGACCUUAUUCAUGUAUUUUCCUUCUUAGGAAAUUAAAGUGUGGAACUGACUACCUUGAUGUCUGCUUGAAAGGGUCAGUUUUUCAUGCACCAACAAUAACAGUUGGCAAAACCACAUUGUAUGUUUUAAGUUAAUUAUGUCGAGUACCAUCAUCCACAAUCCAAUUUUGAAGUGCUAGAGAGUCAAAAUGUCAACUGUGCCAGAGUACUUGUAUUUAUUGAUUUUGAAAGAUUAUGUUUUAGAAUUCUUAAUAAUAUUUCUGGUAACUAUGUUAAAGGUCUUAAACGAUCCAACAUGUUUGUUUGUUUUUUUGCCUUUUGAUGUCUUGAGCGACAGAAAACUUGUAAAACCAGACAUGUAGUUUUUGUUUAGUAAGUAGAGCUACUAUUAACCAUCAUCCAUCAUAGUAAGGGAUG